AUGCCGAUGUUUACAGUGUAGUUACGACGAGCGUCCAUGUGUUCAGUAGGUGCUCUGUCGCGCACCGAGCAGGUAGUUCUUUGGGUUGCGCGCGCUUUUCAUCUCGAUUAAUGCCACUCGUGCCUGCGCGAUUAAAAUUGCACCAAUAACGCUCUGAUAAAUUAAGUGAAGACAGUUAUUUACUGUAUAUAAAUAUCAUAUAAACAACACGGACUCUCGAAGGAGUAUAAAGAAGUGAGUGGAAGUAGAAUAAAAUUUGUUCUAUAUCCGAUUUUCGCGCUACGAGACUCCUGACUCUCAGUAAAUUUUAUAAAGUUCCUGUCAUGCGGAAGUUGUGGGAAUAUUGAUUUAUAAGAACUGUGCUUUCACGAUAAAGAUAGAAACGUGAAUGUCAUAGGAUUUUUGGGACAAUCGUACCACUGACAGUUCGUGUUUGAAUGAUUGACGAUAACGUGAAUCAACGUCAGCUGAUGGAAAUCGCAAUCAGAUAUGUUUGAAGUCGAGACCAAAGGGACGAAGCUGAUAAAGUUGACAUCGGAGUAAUGAAUAGCGAUGUCGGAGUGUGAAAAAAAGGUAAUUUCUGCCGGACAAUAAACCCGUAUCCGUCCUGUCAAACGGCAUCCCCGUAGGAAUAGAAGUAAUUAUAUUUCCGUAGUCAAAACAGAGACACGAUAUUCAGUGAGAAAAGAAAAUCAGUAAAGACAGAGGCACGAAGUUCGAUCGCGAGUGAUCGAGAAAUUUCGUGAAUCCUCAAAAGGAUCGUCACGUAAAAGAUUAGACACAUUUCAACAGUGCAGUUCUUGAAACCUCAGUAAAUUUUUGUUUCUGCGGGCUCAAGCUGGACACUAGGUGUUUGUGUUAUGACCGGUGUGUUUUCUGGCGAGAAGACGAAGGAGGGCAGCGAUGUGGAGUGGUUGGUAGUGACGCUCGACAAGAGGGAUAAACGAGAAGGGGAGGAUAAAGGGCUAAAAUUGGGGCCCCAUGCCCAGGGCCGUGUGCUGCUAGGCUCCGGGCCCCCCGGCACGAUAAAUCAAGCAGCCAAAAUGCCUCGUGGUUUGCCAACUAGACGAGGCCUUCAGGCACUGGCGCUCGUCUUGGCGACGGCUUAUGCGACCAUUCUUCUUUAUCAGGCCGUUGCACCGCGACAGUGGAUCGACGAGACUGAGGACGCGAACAGCAAUGUCGUGAUCGAGAUCCCGAUGGCGCGACUAUCGGCAGAAGAGCCGGCACCGGUGACACCGCCGAUAGCGACGGCUACGAUGGCACCCUUUUCAACGGAUCUCGUAGAUCUCUUCAUCAGCGUGAAAACCACACGGCACUAUCAUCAUUCCAGGCUGCCGGCCAUCAUCGCCACGUGGUUCCAAUUCGCUCGGGAUCAGACGUGGUUCUUUACCGAUCGGGACGAUCCGUACUUCCAGAAUCAAACGAAUGGCCACAUGAUAAACACAAAGUGUUCCUCGUCGCACAAUCGUCGGGCGCUCUGCUGCAAGAUGUCCGUGGAGUUCGACAGGUUCCUGGCAAGCGGUCGAAAGUGGUUCUGCCACUUCGACGACGACAAUUACGUGAACGUGCCGCGAUUACUGAAACUCCUGGACAAUUACAAUCCGCGGGAGGAUUGGUACCUCGGUAGACCGUCGAUUCCAGCGCCAUUGGAGAUCGUACGGCAGGGCCCGGAACCAUCGAAGCGACCCCAGAAGGUGAAAUUCUGGUUCGCUACGGGUGGCGCUGGAUUCUGCAUCAGUCGGGCUCUGGCAUUGAAGAUGAUACCUGUGGCUGGGGGCGGAAAAUUCAUCACCGUGGGCGACAGAAUCAGGCUACCCGAUGACGUCACUAUGGGAUACAUCAUAGAACAUUUACUUAAAAAACAAUUGACAGUCGUCGAGCAAUUCCACUCGCACCUGGAACCCAUGAAAUUCCUCAACAGGGACACCUUUCACGAACAGGUGUCGUUCAGCUACUCCAAAGGAUCGCGGGACGAAUGGAACGUCGUGAAGAUCGAUGGUUUUGACGAAAAAGAUGAUCCUAAGAGGUUCAGGUCCAUACACUGUCACUUGUUUCCGCACGUGGCUAACUGUCCUCACAGAUGAUAAAUUACGCGCGAAGGCGACGGGACUCUGCAGGAAACAGGAAAUGCGCGUAGACCACCACUGGACUUCCGGCGAUUCAAUCGUGAUCCGACGACUCAUCGAUUCAGAAUCGAUCUUCCAUCGAUUUUCUAAUAGGACUGAGCGUAUCGUCGAUUCUCGAUCGCGCAUCGAUCGCGUUAAAUGUAUUAUUCAAGGACUCCUCUCGGUCAGUCAUCGUCCUUUUCUACGUUCUGCGCAUCUCCAUUGCGCAUUCUUUCCUCAAUUCAAUUCCGAACCGACAGGACCAUUAUUUCUGAAACACCUUGUAUAUAGCUGUAAUUAUAAACACAACACUGUACCGUAUCGUACUUUCCAACUGUUUGCAUUGUAUUCCAUGCCUUUAUACAAAUAUUUCAAAAUACUUUAGAAUUUUGUACUAAAUCAAAAUUCGGUGUUUAAAAUUUUGUUCUCUUUGGGGAAUUGUUUCCCGAUUUCAAAUAUCGCUACAGUGCUACAGUAAUUCUGAAAAAUUCACAUAAGGAGUGAAAAAUUGUGCAACAGUUGGUGCGCUCACUUUGUGUAGGUGCAUGCGCACUCGCUGACCUCUUCGUAUAAUUCACGAUACAGUAUCUUGUCUUCUUUUUUCUGGUUUUUGUCAGUACGUACGUACACGGUGAUAUAUUUAUAUGGCCUGUUGAUGCAGUAAAUUGUUGAUCGUGCCAUUCUUGAUGGUUAUGCCGAAGCUUCUUCCCGCGCCGGGAUGUCGUCAAUCUGUAAUAAGAAAGAAAAAAGAAAUGGUUUACGGUACGUUUGUAAAGCAUGGCAGAAGUUUCAGUAUUUUUUUUUAGAGGGUAUAUGUGUUUAUAAAUAUGUUUAUAUAUUAUAUAUAUCUAUAUUUUGUAUAUAGUAUAUUAUUAUUAAGGGAUGCGUUCUUGUAAUUAUGUUAUCGACUAGUCCCAGUAGCGAGGCAAACAGCUGUCUAUUUGUGAUAUCUAAAAUAUGUAAUGGCGCUUACGUAUCUAUUCGAAAAUACGUAACGACGUCGUUGAUUCUCAUUUUGUCUGUAAUAUCGGAAAUGUAGUCUCGACGUUCACGCGCGCGUGUUACGCACGCGUGAUAAACGAGAUUUUCAUGAUAUCUAGGAAAAUUUAUGUUUCUUUCCUUCUCUCUCUUGUUUUUCUUCUUCUUGUGCAAUAGGGAACUUUUUUUUUAUUUUUGCGAAAAAAAAUUGCUUCACCCGGAAGACUCUUCGUAGUCGUAACUGAGUGACGACGCGAUUACGUGUAUCUCGGCUGUACUUUUUUUGGCUGGUAAAAGAUUCGUCGCUAGAAUUCUAAUAAUGUAUAUUGAUGUCGUUGCUCAAAGCACAAAUUGUAUGAUAUUCUAUGCGUAGGGCAAGAAUUCCACGUAGGUCGAUCUUUUAAAAUAAUAAAAAAAAUAUUUGUACAUGGUGA